CAGCCAUCGCUCUCUCCAUCUCUUGCGCCUUGUCUCUCAUGGAGGCUAACCUUUAAAUAUGAGUGUUGCAGGGAUUCACCGUGGAUUUCUCAGGAAGUAUGGUGGCUUUAUGUUCAAACAAUGGAAGGAGAGGUACCUCAUAUUGACAGCUGACGGCUGUGUGUUGGUGAGUCGCGAUGCAGUGUCCCCUCCUGACCAGAUGGUGGCAUUGCAGGGUGGCUGUGAGGCCAUCGUGGAGGGCAGGGAGAUCCUGGACCUGCCCAAGCUGCCCUCUGGAGGACGCAGGGACUGCUGCUUUGCUCUGAUCCUGCCUCAGGAGAAGUUCCUGCUGCUAUUGGCUGACAAAGCAGAAGACUGCAGUCAAUGGGUCAACAUGCUGAGGAAAGUACGAGAGAGUGUAUCAUCACCAAUGUCCUCCUGUAGACGCCAUAAUGCUUCAGCACGAUGCAUCACUGACAGAGACCCGCUUCCAGACCCCAUUUCUGACAAAGAUCCCCCAACUCCACCACUGAGUGAUAUGGAGAUCUUAUCUCCUGGGCCAAGAUACCCUGGGCCAAGAUCUCCUGGGCCAAGAUCACCUAGGCCGAGAUCUCCUGGGCCAACCUCUCCUGGCUUAAUCUCUGCUGGGCCAAAUUAUCCUGGGCCAACCACAGGUGACAUUCAACAAAAGGAAAAUGGCCAGAACUCUCCCCACAUGAAGAGGGACAAAGGGACUAGUCGUUCAGUGGGCUGUCUGCGCCAUGGCACCAGCCAUGAUGCCCAGGCAGUGAGGGCUGUGUAUCUGAUGAUGGGAGGGGCCGCUGCUUCCUCUGCCAUGGGUUACCUGGGUGCAUGCUCUCCUGCUAAUCCUGACGUAAGGCCUCCUGACCUGCCACCCAGCACAGACUUCUCUAACCUGGGCUCAGCAGGGGCAUACCACUCCUGCAACCAGACUGUUGUUGACUCUCCUCACUUCCACAGCUUUGACUUUGAGGGGGCAGACUCAGACUUUGAUGCCUUUGACUGUGGGGGAUUUUCAUUCUAGGGGGGGAAAUGAUGAUUUACCUACCGUCAAGACUUUCAAUCCUCCUGUUCAUCCUUUAUGAAAAUACAAGGGCAAUAAUUGCCUCUUAUUGUUGCCACCCUUUGUAAGUGAUAUGUACUGAUGCAAAACAUUUGAGCUAUUUUAUCUUAUCUUUGAUAUAAUUGAUUUGGUUACAACCUGUCUGCUGUCAUCCUCUGGCUAUGGAGAGAGCGUGGAUUUCUUGACGCCGUUUUAAAUAACGUAACGUAAGCGUACCUUGUCUUUAUAACUAUUUCCCCCACACCUAUCUCCUUAACUCUGGCUCUGCCAUGUGUUAGCUAAGUUCAUUGUCAUUGUUUCGUUUCCUUAUUUAUAUGUUGCUUAAAUAAAUGCCAGGGUUCGAUAGAAAAUGUUUUGUGCUUUCUUGUCUCUUUCAUUUCCAUAGCGAGCAAUACGCAGCCUUGUGUAGCCUAGCACA